GUGCUUGCCCGGGCCAGUCUUCUAUGAAAACAGCUGGGAAUCAUGCCAUAUCAGCCGUGUUCCCGCGAAGCGGCAGAUGAAAGCGGCCAGGGAGGUUCAGCCGCGCUUUGCGUACGCGAGGGCACUUCUGGCACUAGCAGGGAAAAAAGAGCGAGGGCCGAGGGGAGGCUGCGAGACGAGCGGACGAGCCUGCAGAGCAGCCGCGGUCACAGCACGGCGCUUGCCUUUCAGCUGGGCCAGGGGAGGAAUGUGGGAUGGUUCCCACAGCAUCUCCCGGCUUCGGAAACCUCUCCCCUUCCAGCACCGCGCUGGCUCCGAGGGGAAUGUGGACAUUUUGAAAAGAAAUACAGUAUUAACAGCAGUGGGCUGAGCAUCUUCAAGAAGGUUGUUUGUGACAAAGCAUCAGCAAUGUCCUGUGCCGAACAUGAUUCACGUAAGGCGCAGACAGCGGAUACUGAGUUUGAAAGGGGGCUAAUCAACAGUCUUUGGAAUAAAGAAGAAUCCCAGCUUCGGGGAAUGCAGAGGAAGCUUGAAUUGACUCCAUUUCAGGAGGAAUUUUUCAUCUUUCAUGCAGGGAAAGCAAACAAAAAAUGUAUUCACUCAUAGAGCCAACAGUGACAAUCAGAGCUAAUCCAUGACCUCUUCAAAAUCUUCUUCAGUGGAGAUGGAGCAGGUUUCUUCAAAAUCUUUCUCAGUUUCCUGGUGGAAUUGGUGGUCAAAGACAGAAAAACAGUGCAAAAAAUCCCAGUCCUGACCUUACUUGAAGUUUGGUCAGGUCCAGACAAAGAGCCCUUACCUGGAACAGCCAGUACUUUCUGGGUACCCCUCUCAACAGUGAUGAGUGGACAAAGAUGGUGUCUUUGUGCUGGUGAACACCUGUCUUACUCCUUUAGCUGGUGGCAAUAAGGAUUGCUUUUAAACUUUGCAUGUUGAACCUGGACUUCAGACAGAGCCCAGAGGUGGGGUGAUGGGCCCCUUUUUACAAGGGAGGGAUCUUUGUACCCCUUUGUACCCCAACAGCAUCCUUCUGGUACAGGCAGGGGAAGAUUUCAAAGUCCUGGGAAAUGAAAAACACAUCCUGGUUUCCUCUUGCUCCGGUGGCACAAUCUGAGGCUGCCCUCAUCUCCAGGAGGUGAUAACUCAAGGUUCCCCUUCUGUACAAAUGAUGCUCCUUUUGUACCAAUGGGAAGGACUUGCAGGGGGUGGAUUCAGUUUAUCACGUAGAUCAGUCAGGAUGGUAACUCUACAGUAGGUUAACAGUUUGCUCCCUUGGUGAUCCUGCUCAUUUCCAACCUUGGGGAGUCAGGGAAGCAGCACAGAGAGCGAUACUUGUCUGCAAGGUGUCUACAUGCUAUAGUGACACCAGGUUUUGGGGCACAAGGAUUAAUUAUUUAAAAAAGCAUUGACAGACCUUCUGCAAAAUUAAAACUGGCGAUUUCCAAGCCUUUUAUACUCCCUGGACAUAGGCUUGUUUUUCCUUCUGGGUAAUUCCUUGACAAAAAAAGAAAGUGGAGGGCUUCUUGAUGUCUGCUCCAAACACGCCACUUCCCAAAUGCCUUCUUUGUGAUUUAUUGUGACUUGUAAAGAGAAUAAGUGGAGCCUGUAUAAACGGUGUGAAGAAAAAUGGAGGGAUUUGGUUUGUACUGACUAUAAUACAGAGGAUAUAUUGUUACUUCUAAUUGUAAAUGUAGUGAGUGGAAUGGAGACAUCUUUUCAUGUGGACAAACAAAUGGGGUAGGUGCUUUUUGAGGUAUGUACAGAUAAAAUCUCAAACACAAGGCAUUUCGAAAAACAGCAGAAAAUCUGUGGCUCAAUACUCACAGGACUUGUGUGGACUGUGGAAAGCAGGCUUGUGUCUUGCAAAACAUACAAAGUCUUACCAAGCAUGGAAUAACCACUUUGUCAUUUUAAAUGAAGUCUAUAAAAAAUUACAGUCAGCACAUAAUAGGUGUUUUGCACCCAUGCUAAGUACUGCCAAGAAAAUAGUUACCUAAGUAAAUCAAUAAAGUAUCAUUCCCUUCCAAGGUCUUCCUGUCCCAGUCCCUGAACCUCUCAUUUCACAGGAGUACUGAAACCUGUUCAAGAUUUAUUUUGAUGAAAGUAAGCAUCUCUGCAUUAUCAGGCAGUAAAGAAGUUGUUUACUGCUACUCCAGUAGUGUUGAAAAAUCUCUCUGAAUACAUACUUGCAUUGUAGCUAUCAUAAAAAUGUCUACUAGCUAUUGGAGCCCCCAAAUUGAUUUUUUUUUCCAGAAAACAAAGAGUUCAGCCUGAAACGUAGAAAUUGCUUCAUAAGAAAAACUAUUCGUGUACAGAGAGAUGGACUGAGGUAUCCUGUCAUAUAUGAUGUUCAAGUUUGGUAUAAAGUAUUUCUAUUAAUAUUGUGUUAGCAAAUAAGCCUGGGCUGAGGUAGCAGCACCUGUUCUGGGUUCAUUUCCUAUAAAUCAGUCUAGAUGUUUAAUAUGUUUCUCAUUACCAGAGGGUUUGAAAACCAGCAAUACACCUGAAAACCAAUUUGGUGGCAUUAAUGUUCCUACAAAGUAGUGAAUUUCCAGUUCACACUGUCGAUUAUUGGCAGGAAACAGAUUCUGACUUGGCCCUUGUCAGGGAUAAUACAAUUCACAGCCGUACUGCUCCCAUCAAGCCAGGAAAAUGCAGUGUGCAGGAUAUGCCAUUGCAAGAGCUGGAGCUCCAAAUUUUCAACACAUGCAACAAAAUCUUUUCACAGGCACUGCAUAUAUAAAAUGAUUUUGUGAAAUAUUUCAGAUGGAAAAGACAGUGAAGAAAAUCUUCAUCUGUUUGCAAAAUGUGUGAAUGAUAGAAAAGCUGACUCAGGUCCUGGCAGUGAAAGGCUUGCCCUGCUUGGAGAGGUAUCACACCAAGUAUGUUGGCAGAGCAGUGCUGCAAAGGGGAAAAAGGCUCAUACUCUGCACAUUCGCCCCGGACUCAAACCAGAGUGGUUUGCUCAAACCAGAGUGGUUUACCCCUGCUCUGCUUUUGAGCUCAAAAGAGUUUGGGAGAAUAAGAAAGCAGAGGUGGAGUGCUAACCUGCUUGGCAUAGGGGAGUGGCAGACAGGUUUCUCAUCCUUGAGAACUGUGGAGCCAUGAGCUCCUGGGGUGAGAUGCCAAGGUACCAGGUUUUGAGGACCUCAUAGCACCUUAGUAGGUCUCCAGGGGCUGCAUGAUUGUUCUUGCUGAGGGACUGAGAAUUUAAGAAGAGAUUCACUUCUACUUCAGUCAAUUAAAAGUUACAUGUCUAUUUGAAGCUACUUAUUUAGGCUUCCUGCAGACAUCACUUUCUUACGCUUUGGCUGGAAGCCUUAACUUUAUCUGGAUGGGUUUUCUCAGGAUUCCAGUCAAGAAAUACAAUUUUGUGGGGAUGUGGAGAAGACCAGCAAGACCUGCAAGUCUGAAAUUAAUAUUUUAGCCAAAGUGGACACCCUUGGGCAAGGGGGAAAACUUGCAUUACUUGUUGGAACUAUGAUGAGUGAAGGGGUGAAAAGUCACUCUCAUCUUUGAAAGGAUACAAGCACUGUCUCUGUGUGCCUCAUACGUAUGAGUAGGAUGCAUCAGGUUUUAGCAGACCUGCCACAACAGUAAUUCUUUGACAUUAUCUUCCUUCUCCCAGAUGGAAAAUGUCAUUAUUGAUAUUUCUUCAUUGCCUGAGCAGGUUCUCUUUUUUAUUAUACUGGAAUACUGGCUUCAGAGCAAAUGUUAGUUGGGAGCUUUAUAUUUCAUGUCCCUUGUUUAACUUGAAAUUCAUCAUGGUUUUUUUUUUCUUUUUUCCCCGCUAAACUUACAAAUAAACCCAGUAUUUUUGAUUAAGUUUUUCAUUUUUACAUCUUGAAUAAGCCUGUCUUAUUGAUGCCUGCCUUUCUGUUUCUAUGUACAAAUCUAUCAAGACCAUCAGGAAAUGGUUUCACAAACAGAAUUUAUUGCAAAGCUGAUUAUGUAUUAAUAUAUACAAAUGACAAAUCUAAAACACAAUGUCAAAAAAGCAAGAAAAUGCAAUCAAGAAUUUAUUAUUCUCCCAUUACUAUUCAGCUGGGAAAAUAGCUGCUCUACCUUACCAAAAUAACUUCCCCCUCCCAAACCUUACACCCAACCUGGGUUUUCUAAGUAAGUGCCACAGAAGUAUUUGUAAUAAAAUAGUUUAAUAUAUAAUAAUAUCAAAAGCUCACUGUAAUUUAUCCACCUAUUUUUCUCACUUCUAUAUUGCAUGAAGGCUUAUUAUAAAAAUUCAUUGUCACUCAUACACCUUGUGUAUGUGUGAGUGUGUCUUAAACUUCCGGGUCCAUUUCAGAGGUGGAAUAAGCAAUGUCUGCAUUUCACAACCUUGCAUAUUGUUCUGUUUUGUACAUGUUUUUCCAACAUUGUAGACAAGGUUUCUUCUACAAAAUAUUCACACAAGUGUUUCUCCCCCAAAAUUGCCUUAUCCCAAGCCCCAAUUUAACUUUUCCCUUUUUUUUUUUUU